AUGGCCACCCCCACCACCAACACCGCCCGCCCCGCCAAAAUCAUAGCCGGCGCCACUCCCUUCGGCGCUCCGCUCAAGGACGCCCUCGUCUCCUUCCUCCGCGAGGAGCUGGGCAUCGAGGUCAUCGACCUCGGCACUGGCCACUCCAUCGCUGCCGACGUCGGCCUUCGUGUCUCCUCCUCCGGCGGAUCCGGGGUCCACGGCCUCGUUGUCUGCGGCGUCGACUCCAUCAGCUCAAUGCUCGCCAACAAGUUCCCCGGCGCCACUGCGACCGGCUGCCGCUCCGUCGACGCCCGCUCCAUCUGCAACUCCAACAUCCUCGUCGUCUCCCCCCUCACCGGGGGCUCCGCCAAGGACAUCCUCCUCGCCUGGCUGGACACAGCCUUCAAGUCCCCCUGCCCUGUCUCCAACGGCCAGCCCUGGAGCGACGACGUCCAGGAAUCCCUCGAUCGAUUCCACAUCAAAAUGACUAAGAUCGGUGUGCUGGACUGGGAGCCGGGUGGUUGCAUUUCCUGUGCGAUCUGUUGCCUGGCGAAUCCCCAGGUGCCGGAUCCGUUCGAAAUGAUUCCAGGGGGAUCGGUGAAGAUAAUCCAAGAGAACCCGACAUCGGCGACCAUGAAGUUCAAGGCUCAGAGCGUUGAGCCGGCGCACCACCACACGUCCGGGCACGAACAGCUGGUGCUGAAAGGCAAGAUGAGCGUGUGGAACUUGAGCAAGAAGAAGAGGUACGACUUGGUGGCUGGGAAUUACUUGUUCACGCCCGGUGGGGAUGUGCACAUGGUGAAGUAUCAUGAGGACACGAAGUUCUUCGUCAACUGGCACGGCCACUGCGACAUGUUCUUCGACACUGCUGAGAAGGCCAUCGACGAGUAA